UAAUAGUAAUACAUAGUUAUAUUUGCUUUUUUACAUAGAAGAAUUGAAUGAUGUUUUAUCACUUCUUUAUUUUUACAUCUAUUUAAAAACUUUCUUUUAGGUAUAAAAGGGAAGUCUUAGAUUUUAUCUUCUCUUAUUUUUUAUCAAUAUUUUUAAUAUCAAAAUUAGGUACAUUACUGUGUUGAGGAACCCUAUAUUACUGAGACAGAGACACUGACUAUGUUAUGUUAUACUCAUUGGUCAUGUUAGAUUCUCUUGGUUAAGAACAAGAUCAUUCUUAAUCUUCACUGCAAGCAGAAAUUUAUCCUUGGACCACCAAAAUGUAAGGGAAUAAUAGCUUGAAUAAACAAUAAUUGAUGCAUAAAUUAAACAAAAACUAAAUUAAAGAACAAAUUCUUUACUUCUAUAUGGUAGUAUUUUCUUUUCCGUGCCAGCCUCACAUUUUCUUCUCUGUCAUUUCUAUAUAUUUACCAGUUUCCUUCACUCCUUCCUUAACUAAUUCAAUAUCUUCAUCAAUCAUUUUAAAGUAUCAUAUUUUCAUCAUCCCCAUUGAAUUGAGCAUUAAUAUCACUAUCGCUCCCUUGUAUCCUUCAACAUACCAGGUAAUUAAACAAUAAUACGAUUGGAACACUUGUUUUUUUCUAAAUCUAAUAUGUAAUAAUUAGUAGGGGUGCUAAAGUAGGUUACCUAUAUGUAUAAUGCAUGCACAAAUUUUUAAUUUUAUGUAUUUGUAUUCAAGUUCUGUAUACUGAUUUAUUAUUUAUAUAUGUAUGCUGUGUUGGUUAAGUAUUGGUCAAAAUUUAUCAGAUUUGUAAACAUAAUGUAUACCUUUUCUGACAAUACCGAUUAUACCUCUUUUUCCUUCUGAUCAUAGAAAUUGAACUAUACUAACUGUUAAAGUAAUUAACUUGUAGACAAAGGGUUGGCUUUUAUCAAUCAUUAUCGGUUCUUACCUUUCUUUCAAUCUGGUGGUUAUAUUAUCAUGCAUGCAUGUGAAUAGAUAUAUAUAUAUGGAGAAUGAUGUAGCUAAAGAGGUUGAAGCAAUGCUGGAGAAGGCACAACCUUUGUUUACAACCGAAAGCUGCUGCAUCUAUAAAGUGCCCCACCCAAUCCGCCAAUCAAGCGAAGAUGCAUACACCCCAGUGCUUGUUUCAAUUGGCCCUCUGCAUCACGGAAAUUCUAGACUGGUAACCAUGGAAGGGCACAAACAGUUUUAUUGUCAACAUUUCAUUCAAAGAUCGGAAGCAAGUUUGUCCGAUUUGGUGAGUUGCGUGAAACAAUUGGAACCUCAAAUUCGUGCAUGUUACUCGGAGAAAAUCGAACUCACAGUAGAUGAAUUGGUGAAGGUGAUAUUCAUAGACUGUUGCUUCGUAAUUGAUCUUUUUCUCAGAGAUUAUGAGCGGACAACAGAGGAUGAUGUUAUCUUCUCAAAAGAUUGGGUUUGGAAUCGGUAUAGAACACUUCACUGAUCUGCUUAGAUACUUCAACUUGCCACCAUCUCAUACAACAACACCACUUUUAAGGGAACCCAAAGCGUUAGUUCUUGGUCACAGUGCAUCUGAGUUAGUUGAAGCAGGAGUCAAAUUCCAAGUAACAAAUAAACCAAGUCAUAGACACCAAAAGAAUAAAUCAAGUCAUGGACACCAAAAAGAUGAAUCAAGUCAUGGCUGCAUGCUAGACUUGAAAUUUGAACGUGGUACUCUUAAUAUUCCACAUAUUGAAGCGGAUGAUGCGACUGAAAUUUUCUUGAGGAACAUUGUGGCUUUGGAGCAGUGUCACUAUCCUAAAGAACACUACAUCCUUGAUUAUGUUAUAUUCCUUGGUCACCUGAUGAAAACAAACAAGGAUGCUGGUGUCCUAAUCAAAGCUGGAAUAAUCGGUUGCAUAUUUGGUGGUGAUUAUGAAAGUAAAGUGGCUAACCUAUUCGGUGGUGUUGGGAAGAAUACUGUGGUGUCAACGACUAGUGCUUGUUAUCUCAAGUUUUGUAAUGAUUUGGAUGACUACUGUAUUCAUCCAUGGCACAGUCUAAUGGCAACUCUGAGGCGCGAUUAUUUCACCUCUCCAUGGAAGACAGCAGCUUCCUUUGGUGGAAUUGUGCUGCUAAUUCUCACUGUUAUUCAAACCGUAUGUUCUCUUCGCCAAGUUUAAUGGUAGUAGGUUUGAGGUUUAUGUGUUUAAAUAAUGUAGACAUCCACAAUUCACUAAGAAGGUGUGGAUUACUGCAAGUGCUGCUAAUAAUAUAGUGGUAUAUAUAGUUGCUUCAAUGUUAUGUUAUUUGUAUGUGCUACUAUUUUGAACUUUUGAAUUGAU